GCUGAGGGGACCGAGGGGACGCGGUGGUGCUGAGGGGAUCCGGUGGCGCUGAGGGGACCGAGGGGACCCGGUUGAGCGUUGAGCGGCCGCGCCGGCUGAGGGGAACCGGUGCCGCCCCGAGGCUCCCGCUCGCGCGACGCCGUUGCCACGGAGACAGCCAUGGCAGCAAUGGCGGCCGCUGAGGCCGAUGAGGGUCCGGCUGAGGCAGACGGGAGUUCGUCUGAGGCCGACGAGGGUUCGGCCGGGGCCGAUGAGGGCUCGGCCGGGGCCGGCGAGGGUCCGGCUGCGGCCCCCGAGCCCUCGGCGUCCUCCUCCUCAGAAAGUAUUCCCUUGGAAGAAGACAAGGGUCUUCCCUACCCUGGGAUGCUACCAGUAGAUAAAAGGCUUUUCAACUUACAGAUCUACAAACUCCUUCAGUGUGUUCACGAGAAAGACAAGAAGCAAAUAGAAAAUCUGAUCCGGAAAGGAUUCCCAGAUCUCAUUAAUUACACAGAGCCUAAGGACGGAUACAGUGCCUUUCACUUGGCCUCCAUGAAAAACGACAUUGAGAUGUGCCGCUUCCUGCUGGAACACGGAGCUCAUCCCAACGUCCAUGACAACAUGGGAUGCACUCCAGCCAUGAAGGCAGCUGAGCUAGGCCAUGAGGUGAUUCUGGAAUUAUUAGCAGAAGCUCAUGCAGACAUGACUGCUGUGGAUAAUGAAGGGAAAGGUAUUUUGUUUUACUGCCUUUCACCUACAGCACGCCACUACCACUGCCUGCAAAUUGCCUUGGACUAUGGUGCAGAUGUCAACAACUGUACUACCAGUGGGAGGCCUGUGCUUCUACAAGCCUGUGAGCAAGCUCAUGAGGUUAAAGAUAUGUGCCUGAUUUUCUUGGAGAAAGGAGCAGAUCCCCAUGCAACAGACCCGGCCACGGGGCGCACAGCCGUGAUGGAAGCCACACGGGAAGGCGCUGCCGAGGUGGUGCUGGCUCUGCUUCAGAGGGGAGCCGAUGUGAACCUGUUUGACUUUGAAAGACACAGUGCCGCCCAUUUCGCAGCCAAAGGAGGCUUUCUUGAGAUUCUGACAAUUAUUUCAGGUUAUAAUGCAGACUUGAAACUGAUUGCUAUGAAUGGUAACACUCCACUUCAUUACGCUGCGGAGGGAGGAUUUGCAGAUUGCUGCAGGUAUAUAGGACAAAGAGGCUGUGAUCCUACAUGGUCAAACUUGGCCCAUCUGACCCCCAGGGAGGUUGCCAAGAACGGCGGCUUUAAAGCAGCAGUGACAGUGUUGCGCAAAGCUGAAAAAGCCUUCAAGAAGCCGGACGAGACCCUUGCCUGGUACCUGAAGGUGUACGACUGGUCCGUGCAGCACGAGGAGGCCAUCCGCAAGGAGUUCGAGAUGGAUGAGGAGGGAGAAGGAACAGUAUCCAGAAGUGAUUUUAUAUCAGUGAUUCAGAAGCACUGGGGCACUGUGGACCACGAACAGAUUGAAAUUCUUGCGAAAAUGCAUGAAGUAUCUGGUGACAGGAUCAGCCUUGAUGAUUUUUUUAAAGGCUCAAAAUACUUGCAGAAAACCUUUCUGCUAUCAUCUUUUGGGCCCAAAGCAAAGAAGAAGAAGAAACCACCAAAAAAAAAAGGCAAGAAAGGCCUCCCUGUGCCCAUUUGUGUAAUCCCAAAGAGUGAACGUCCGCUUAGGGAAGACGGCUUGCCUACCUACAUGGUUGAGGCUGUCCCAAACAUUUCUGAAGAGCAGCGUUUCAAACGGGACCAGCAAUCCGCCCAUCCCGUGCUCGAUGAUCGUGUCUGGUACGUGGAUGAGCCACGGAAAACCCUCAUGGAUAUCAACUACCUUGUCAGAGAAGGAGACUUCGUGUCUCUGCAGAAAGCAUUCGAUGAUGGUGUGCCAGUAGACAUACAAGAUAAAUAUUACAAAACACCUUUAAUGCUUGCAUGUGCAAAUGGCAACAUAGUUCUCGUGGAGUUUCUUCUGGAAAAGGGGGCUGAUGUAAAUGCAACAGACAACUUCCUGUGGACUCCUCUGCACCAUGCUUGCUACAAUGGACACCUGGAUAUCGUGGAGGUGCUGGUGAAGGCCGGAGCAGCCGUGAAUGCCCCUGCAAUAGGCAGCGCCACCCCGCUGAUGAGAGCCAUUGAGGCCUCCAGGCUGGACAUGGUCUAUUUCUUAAUCACUGCAGGUGCUGACAUCCAGGCUACAAACAGCUAUGGAAAGAGCGUUCUUGAUCUUGCUGAAGGAUUUGGAGAUGCUAAAAUAAUUGAACUUCUUGAAAAUCAACUGCAAAUUUUGGCAGAAGAACAAGAAAAAGAAGAAGCAAAGCCAGCAAAAGGUGGGAAGCCAAAACCAGCAGAGCCAGCAAAACCUGUGAAAAAAGAGUCUCUAGAUGGCUCUGAACCACCUGAGGAAGCGCCUGUUCCCGGACAGAAAAAGCGUUCCCGAAAAGACAGCGCUGCUUAUUGGAAAUCUUUGGCAAUGAGAGGAAACAAAAAUGACAUCUCCUUCAGACCCAGAAAAAUAUGGAGCCCUGAUCCCACAGCAAUACAGCUUGCAGAAAAGCAAGAAUUACUCCAUGAACGUGCUGCUCUUUAUGGUCACAUGGAAGAUUUUACAACCCUCUUCAACAGAAAAUUUAACAAUUAAGCACAGCAUCUGGAAGAAGCUUCUUCAGCUCCUAUUUUGAGGAGACAAAGAUUUAAAAGGCUACUCCUUUGCAAGAAAGGAAUCCUGCAGUGCUCAGUAAAUAUAUCUCAGUUACCAUAAAAGAAAACUCUAUCAAGUUUUUCCUCAAUAGAUUAUGUUGCUUACACACAAUCUUUUGUUGAGGGCUUAGUCUGGAACAAGAUUUAUCCUUGUGAGAUUCUAACUCUUGGAGCUGGCUCAGUAUACCUCAUGGAAUAGCCACUGUUGGGACACACACGUCCUUUGUAAAGGUGUGGCUUUGUAAAGCUUUCUUUACCCCAACACAAAGCUUCUUCCUGGAAGAUUCCUUACCCUGCUGCUCUAAAUAUAUAGAUAAUUAGAUGGCAUUCCAUAGUUAGCUAAGACAGCAGUGUUCUGAGUUGUCUGUAGAGGCAACAGGGAGUUCAGAAUUUACAGCCAGGCCUCUCACUGUCUAAUGUACUUCUUUCAUGUUCUCCCAUUCGUUUGCCAAAGUGCACGUGAGACCUGAAACUGCUUCCACCCCAAUGGGCACAUAUUGUUUUCCUUCUGAUCUCUUGAAAGGAUAACAGUCUUUAUGUAAUAAUCUGUAAUCCAUUUGCUGUGUCUCCCACAGACCCUUGUUAUCCCCCAGAUGAAGGAGGGGUCUUGUAGGGGGUGCUGAUGGUGACUGCCCUGCAGAGUUCCAACCCACUGAGAUCACCGAGUCCAACCUUUGACCACUGUGUCAACCACACCACAGCACUGAGUGCCACAUCUGAUCUUUCCUUAACACCUCCAGGGACGGUGACUCCACCACCUCCCUGGACACCCAUUCCAAUGUUAACCCUUCCCAUGAAGGAAUUCCUCCUAAUGUCCAACCUGAAUAUGUAUUUCUUCAUCCUCCAGGUAAUUUUUCCUAAGCUCUUCCAAUUUGCCAGAGGGGGCUGUCAACAAAUGCUGCUCCGGGGCAUCCAAAAUUGUCGUCACAUUCCUUGUUCCAAUUUUUUUCCUUCUAGCUUCUUUCUAAGACAUUUAUCCUGCUCCAUCACCUCCUGAAGGACCAACUGAAGCAACUGAUUCACUUCCCAUUCCCUCUGAACCACUUCCAGUUCAGCAGCUCCCUGUGAGCACUCCUGAGAGCUGCAAAGCUUUCAUCCGUAAUGACUCUCUGGGGGUUGUCCUGACUUUUCUCCUGGAGUAAAACGUUCCAACAGGUCUGAACCCCAGCGAUCACUCCACGGCAGCCAAGGGACGCUGUCUGUGAUGCCAGUUGAGCAUUAUGACCAACCUCUGAGGCUGGGUAACCUCUGAGGUUCUUGUUAACGGAUCCCUUGGGGGGAAUCAGAGUGAAACGACACUGAAUGACCGGAGUGUGAUUUUUAUCUGUCAGCAUAAAACUUCUGCUGGCUGCAGAUGAUUGCAAAUAACACAAGCAGUAGUGCUUCAGUUACGUCAUAGAAGGCAGCACGGGCAAGGAGCCCGUGAACAAUUGUAAAUGAAACUGCAUCUCUGAAAGAAGGAGAAGCAAAGGGGCAAUUUGCUGAACAGCAGCCAUCAAAAUAAAAUCAAGCAGCAGUCAGA